CAUAUUGAAGCAUAAUAUUAUGUUGUUUUUUGACUUUAAAAAAAAAUUGUGUGUUCGUUAAAAUAAUUUGUAAAUUAUUGUGAAAAAAUUUAUAGCUCUUAAAAUGGUACAAAAAGGAAGCGCUGUGAAGAAGGAGAGGGUGGAUGUGAUCGACUUGGGAGCUCCGCGGCUUGUCCGCUCCGCCGCGCAUCCCGCCACCCGCACUGCCUUAACGGCGGUCGCUACGAAUAGCUCGCGUCUCCACACGCUAUAUACACCGAACCCUCGUCUCUACCCGGGUACUGCCGGCCGAGUGUUAUCCAAGCGUCGAGCGGAGUCCGUGAAACAAGGGCGGGGUCGUCGGAGGCGCGUGUUCCGGCGUCCGGUGCCCAACUCGCGCCUGUACCGGCCUGCGCCGCCCCGCCCCUGCGCUCCCCCCGCGCGGCCCUGCGCUCGGUGGCCUGCUCCGCCCGCGCCAGCGCUCGACACAGCGUCGCGCGCUGCACUGCGCCUGCUCGACAAGCGGCUUGGCGAGCCCGCCCGCGAGCCGCGAGCCGAGCUCGAGCCCGAGCCCGAGCCCGUCCCUGUGCCGCGGCAGAUCGUGGUGCGCCUGCCAACGGAGCGCUACCUGCCAACGGAGCGCUACCUGCCCACCAGCGAGCACUUCCGAGCGCGCGACACCUCGUCGCUGGAGCUGGUGGCUCGCGCCCCCCGCCGUAGUAUGGAUGCCCAGGCCACUUUCGCCGCACCCUCGGCUUCGCCCAGCCCGGAGUGUUCCGACGGGCACGAGGGAUCCUCUGCGCCCAGCGAGUUCCUGGCUGAAUUCCUGUCGGCGAUCAUGCGGCGCCAGUACGCAGAAGCCCUCAAAUACUGCCGCCUGAUCCUGCAGUACGAGCCACACAACGCUACCGCUCGCAGCUUCUUCCCGCUGCUGCGAGACAAACUCUCCACGCACGCGCCAGCUGAAGAGGGGCUGAGUACGAGCGAGGAGGCGAGUCCUCCGGCCGCCGCUGACCCGGUGACUGCGGAGUGCAGCGCGGCCGACGCGUGGGAGGGCUCGGAGCGCUCCAACGGCUCGUGGUCCUCGCUGGAGCUGGACUCGUCCUCCCCGAGUACCGACCCCACGCGCUCCUCCGACAGUGCGUGGUCGCGCUGGGAGAGCAGCGGCUCGCGGUCGGAGCGAGAUGACAACGGCAACGAGCCCCGCCGGCCCCUGGCGGCGUCGGUCCCCACUCGCGACCAAGGUGGAGUAGGAACUGUUGGGGACGCUAUCGAGGACCCGGACAUCGAGAACGACAAUGACGGGGCGAGUGCCGCCGGGGACGCCCUCGCCGCGACCCCCACGUCCCCCGCCAACCUUCCUAAGAGCAGCACAUCAUCUCUGGCGUCACUGCGGCGGUUGCGCGCCCACUUCACUUGCUCCAUCAAGUAGAGCACUCAACAGCCCUCCCCUCCUCCCCCACCCACACACUCGCCGAAGACCGCAGUAUUUUUGAAGUUAUUGAAAUAAAUUUCGUGGGUGUGUAAUACUAAUAACAUCCUGCAGUCGUCUUUUAUACAAUAUGUUUUCUAUCCCUACAAAAAAUUUGAAGCUAAAUAAGACUGUCUUACCAAUUACCAAGUUUUUUAAGUAUUUUGUGCAUUGACGUACAAUAAGUCAAUGAUUUUGUGCGACCUUUUAAUAAGUACCUAUUCAAUCAUUUCUAAUGUUUGUGUAACUACACUAUACUGUAGGUAUGUAAUGUGUUUAUGGAAUUCAUAAUUUAAUGUGUCGCGGUCAAAAGCUCCAUGAGCCUUCCAGCUUAUUGCUUUUAUUUAAUUUAGCUUUUACUUCUGUGACAAAGGUCAAUUCUUUAAAUAUAAAAAGAUAAAGAAUCAUUUAAUAUCAAAGACUUGUAUGUAUACUAAUAGACAAAACUUUUGGAAUAACAAUUGUGUCGCAAUUUUGGAUCGAGCGGGCGUGCGGAGAGGGGAGCAGGCAUGGUGAAUAUGCAUUGCAAACACAGGUGUAAUUAUAAUGGAAGUGUUUUAUUGGUCACUUUGAACAAAAUCGGUGUUAGUUUGUUGAAAACAACGUUCACGGCUUACAAAACAGUGCACUGGUCUUCUCACUUGCUCGCAGUGGACUAAACGAGCUGCGGCCGCGGCCCGCGGCGUCUGAAACUCGGAACCGAAACUCAGUUAGCAAUUAUUUAAGGCCACAGAGCUUGUCUAGUAGUAUACAUAGGAGUAUUUGUUCAAUACGGUUGUGGGCUACGUAUUUUGUAAAGUGAAACUGUCUUACCAUCAAUUUUUGUAAAACUAACUCUAAAAUAAAAUAACUAGAUAGGUACAUAUCGUAUAUACUCAUAGUGGUUCUAGUCAAGGCUCUCUUGGCAUGUUUGCUUUACUAAAGGCAACUUUGUGUUCAAACCAAGACAGUAGCGUCAAGCGAAGCCAACAGUGAACAGUAAUUGCAACUCAUUUGUUUUUCCGCUUACACACUUCACCAAAGAGUACAUAAUAGUACGUACCUACAAAGUUAGAUACGUUCGCAUAAUAUUGUUCACCGUUCUAACCUUACGCACUUAUCAAAUAAAAAAAAAACAGGGACAAUUGAUUGAAUAGUAACUAGAUUUUUAAAACUAUCAAAAAUUUUAUCGAUUAUCAUCUGCUCUGCAUAUCUUACCUUUAUCUCACUUCACCAGGUCCAUGGUUUGGAUCUCUUUACAAUUUGUAAUAAGAAAAAGCUUAGUGUAAAAACAGAUUUCCCGAUACGUGUUGGACACUAAUGUCUAAUACGUAUUUAGUGUGAUUUGAAGCCAAAUAUGUGAGCAAGCCGGUUAAGGCUUAUUGAGCUACUGUAUCGCCACAUAUUAUAUAAGAGAUAUAUUUAAAAAUUUCGAUAAUUUUAAUUAGGUAAAUACCUAAUUGUCACGUUAAAAUUCAAAAUUUGAGUGUUAGUUUAUAAUAAAGUAUAUUUGUAAUUGAUAACAUUGUAUUAUGGACCUAAAGCCGGCCUACAGGCUCCAAGAAAACAUAUUUCGUAGACAUAUCCACGGCGUCCUCUGCUCCCGGGAGGACGGUGACCAGAGAUAACACACAGUUAGGCCCGGUAUCCACCAAAGCGGAGAGGAGAGGAGACGAGAAUAGAUAAGCCGCGAAGCUGUCAGUUUAUUCCCACCAAAGCGGGAGCUAUGUGUGGAGAGCUCGAAAUCAGUCAAGUGAUGUCUACGAAAGGAAAGAGAGCGGAGGAUCGUGUAUCAUACACGAUCCUGCGCUCUGCCGCGCCAAUUCAUCGCUCGACGCAGCACAAAAUUAUAGAAAAAUGAGACAUCUCCGCUUGAUCCAUUUACACCGACGGUAAGCGGAGAGAAGUGGAAUUAACGAAAUCUGAUUGGUUAUCAAAAUACAUCUCCUCUCCUCACCGCUUUGGUGGAUACCGAGCCUUACACAAACCUAGGCGUUCGAACAUAAAGCACACGCCACACGGCACCGAGAGUUGUCUGUGUUGCGGCGAUUGACCCAUUGUUUUGUAUUACACGCUAGGAAUGAAAUUUAACACCUCGACGCCUGUUGAAUGUUGUUGUAAUGAGGCCGUCCUCCACCACCCCUUUAUAUUUACUAUUAGUCGUGUGAGUACUUGGUGUGAUGCAGAUAUAAACUAUAUUGUGACAUCGCUACUGACUGCGCUGCACGUCUUCUUCAUCUUCGCAGUCGCGGUCGUAGUAUGAGUUGUCAUGCAGCGGUAGUACGGCAGUGUUGCCAGCUGCAUAGCAUUAGCUGAUAUGAGUGCAACGAGAAGACUGAAUGAGAAAUUGUCGACUUUAUUGUUUGUUACCUGUUAGAAAUUAAAUAGUGUAUAGCUGUUGUACUCGCUAAAAAUUAUCAUUUUCGAGGCCAAUUCACGAGACUACUAAACAAAAGAGCGAAUAUUAACUAUAUUUUAUCUUCUGGGCUAAUAUUUUCGUGCAAGUAGAUUCUAUUUGUUUUCCUUAUUAUACACACAUUUAAUCUCUUACGAAUUGGCUUGAGAAAAUGAGCCCUGGUUCAACUGCGGUCGGUGUGAUGUGAGCGUGGGCGCAAGGGCCGCCACCAGGGACUUCUUAUAAUGAUCAAGCUAGACUUCCGAGCAGCCCGGCUAUAUCACAACAGCCGCAGCGCCUCUCUGACGUCACUCACUGUUGUUAAUACAUAGAAGAACCGAUCAAUUUUUAAAAGACUCUUAUUAUUGUAAGACAAUUUCACCCGGGCUUUGUCCUUCAUCUGGAGUUCGAAGUAAAUCCAUCGAAAAGAUAUAGGUACUUAGUUACAUUACCAAUUUUUCUUAGAGGAUAUAAAAUUAAUUACUUAGGUCCAUGUGUUGCAAUUCUGUAAAAUAGUACGCGUCUAAUAUUUGAUCAGGCCGGUGCUAAAUACCAAAAAUUAAAAACAACUAAUUCUAAUCUACUAAUCCCUUUUCUUCCGGUCCGUUUGGGAAGCUUUUUUACAAAUAAAUAUAUUAUUUCCAUUUUUUUGAUAUUCUUAAUUUUGACACAUUCAAAACCACCAUGUUAGCAUGACCGCUAUCGCUACGGCGUGCGACAGUGACGCUGUGCUCGAAAGUAGUUCUUUAACAGUGGCGACGCGCGCCUUGUGAAGGCUCCGUAUAAAAAUAUGUUUGGGGCCCUUAUGAAGGGUAAAGAUUUCUCACAAAAGAAAAUUUUUUUUUGCAUAAAAUCAAAAGAAAUAUACUAAUUGUCUAUCUGUCACUUGGAAAGAUUUGAUUGAUUUUUGCUUAUUCAGGUCGGGAGCCCCCGUCGCCCGUAUAAUUGAUACGGCUGAUACAGCGGUAACUACGCCCCUGUUCUUUCAUUUCAGUACGUACCUACUGUAUAAUAAUACUGUGAUGCUGUAGCCGCUUUCUUCGGAAGUCUAGCUUUAAUAUAUCGUUUCAACUGUUGAUGUGUCUAUCAAAACUAUUAUUGUACUAAAUUAUAUUACUUUAUUAA